CUUCCGGCUCAUCGAUUCAUCAAAUAACAGUAACAGCCCCAAACCUCACUGGCUUCCGUGCAUCUCCAAGACAAUCUAGAUGCAGGCGCAAUGCAUCUGCCAAGCACCCAGCAUGUUUCAGCAGCAGGGGUUUCGGAGAUCCUUCCAUCGUGAAACGUGGCUUCCAAUUUCGCGCGAGUAAUUCCUCCGACGUUGAAGAUGUUGAAAGUCUGGCUUCCUCGAUAGUUUCCUUUUAUUCGGCAUCGUCCAUCAUUCGAGGAGAAGGAACAAUAAGAUCAAGAGCUUGGAAGAUGGUUACAGCAAUAUGGCCGCGGCGACGGCAUCUACCUGCUUAUGUUGCCCUCUCCACACUUCUAUGCGCUUCAAAUGCUAAAGCGGAAUUAUUCUACACAGCGCGCAGUCCGGCGAUCCAAGACGGACUCAUCAACAAACCUGCAUCAAUAUGUCCGGUCGCACAGGAUGGCGCCACGACUGACACAUUUCCAUGGACACAUAAUCCUACGUGUGUUGACGUCGUGAUGCCAAAUGAGGGAAAUGAAGCCGUGGGAGCAAAGGGUCCUCAAACGUUCUGCGCGUACACUAAUGCCGAUUACAAUAACGGUCGCGGAGUCAGCCUCGUAGUAACUCCAGAGGUCGCGGCUAGUGUUACAAUGGAGACAUUUGGUAUGAGUAUUGGUGGCAUGGAGGGCGUGGUUGGUGAAAAUAUGGGCAUGUGGGAAGUCAAAUAUGCGGGCGAGAAAGGAAAAGGCUUGUUUGCGAAGAAGGAUAUCGCUGGAAUUUUCCCAGGCGAGAGUCUGAUUGUGCAGACACCAGUGCUGUUUGUUGCUAGGCCGCUGGCAGAAACCGAGAACAGACCACAGCACGUGUUAAAGCAAGCAGUCGAGCAGUUGCCGGCAGAAACCAGGGAGAUGGUCAAGGCGUUGGAUGUUAACAUAGAUGGCAGCGUCGAGGACAUUGUUCUGACAAACGGCGUUGGUGUAAAAUGGCCGUGGGUUGAUGAGCUUCCAGAGCUGUUGGCAGUCAUUCCCGAGGCCGCUCGUAUCAAUCACGCGUGCCGGCCAAACACCUUGUGGCGCUUCGACGAUUACACCCUCUCAUUCGAAGUCUUCGCUCUAAGAGACAUCAAGCCCGGUGAAGAGAUCACACGAAGCUAUGGCUACGAAAAACGUCCUCGCAGGCGCCGCGUCAAGACCCUUAUGGCUAACUUUGGCUUCCAGUGCGCCUGCCCCCUAUGCACCGCAGAUGACGAUGCAGUGAUGGAAUCCAACGACCGCCUCUCCGAGAUCAAAGCCUUGAAAUCUGUUCUUCCCACUGACGAGAAGGACUCGCCGCAGCUCCUCGGCCUCCUCCCCAAACUCAUCGAGCAACUGGAACAAGAAGAACUCUUCGCUGAGCUACCACAGUAUGAAGAGAUUCUCGCAUACACAUGGAGUAGCUUCGGAAUUGAAGAUCGGGCGAGAUACUGGGCGGAGAGGGCGCAGAAACAUUGGGCUGUUGUGGCAGGCAAGGAGAGUUGGGAACAGAGGAGGUGUGGGGAGUUGGCGGAGAACGUUAGGGGACAUAGUACUUGGAUGACCUGGGAGGGUGAUCCCUGGGAGGGCGUUGGACAGGGACAUCCAUGGGAUGAGAAGGAGGGAGAAGGGCAUGAACAUGGACAUGAGCAUUGAGCAGGAUUUGGAGCUGUUGUGAGAGAGAUGAAGAAGAAGAAUGGAGUAUGUAUAUAACAUUACCUACAAGUUAUUCGGCGAUUUUGAAACAGCCAUCAGACGUAGUAUACGAUGAUUGUCCAGCAAGCAUGACCUCACUCAUCGAAGAACUUUUCGUCUCCAUGCGCACGAUCCAGUCUCCAAACAAGCAUCUCGAUUUCCGUUGCGCCCCAUUCCUCCUCUUCAGCAGCCUUCUUCGCACUA